AUGUCUUUCCGUGAUCUUCGCAAUUUUACAGAGAUGAUGAGAGCCUUGGGAUACCCUCGACACAUUUCCAUGGAAAACUUCCGCACACCCAAUUUUGAGCUUGUAUCUGAAGUGCUUCUCUGGCUUGUGAAAAGGUACGAACCUCAGAAUGACAUCCCUUCUGAUGUUGAGACUGAACAAGACCGAGUUUUCUUCAUUAAGGCAAUUGCCCAGUUCAUGGCCACCAAGGCACAUAUAAAACUCAAUACCAAGAAGCUUUAUCAGGCAGACGGGUACGCAGUGAAAGAACUGCUGAAGAUCACCUCUGUCCUUUACAACGCUAUGAAGACCAAAGGCAUGGAGGGCUCUCAACUAGCAGAGGAAGACGUCAGCAAGUUCAAGUUUGAUCUUGGCUCAAAGAUUGCAGAUUUAAAAGCCGCAAGGCAGCUUGCUUCUGAAAUCACUUCCAAAGGAGCGUCUCUGUAUGACUUGCUGGGCAAGGAGGUGGAGCUGAGGGAACUGAGAACAGAAGCAGUUGCCAGACCUCUGGAAAUAAAUGAGACUGAAAAAGUGAUGAGAAUUGCAAUAAAAGAUAUUUUGGCACAGGUUCAGAAGACAAAAGACCUGCUCAAUAACGUGGCCUCUGACGAAGCUAACUUAGAAGCCAAAAUCGAAAAGAGGAAAUUAGAGCUGGAAAGAAACCGGAAGCGACUGCAGACUCUGCAGAGCGUCAGGCCAGCGUUUAUGGAUGAAUAUGAGAAGAUCGAGGAGGAAUUGCAGAAGCAGUAUGAAAUUUAUCUCGAGAAGUUUCGGAAUCUGGCUUAUCUGGAGCAGCAGCUGGAGGAUCAUCACAGGAUGGAGCAGGAGAGGUUUGAGGAAACUGAGAACACUCUCCGUCUGAUGCAGAACAAGCUCAAGGAGGAAGGAAAACGUCUGCUCAAGAGCGGAAGUCAGCCAGGAGUACCUGACGCGGCCCUCAGUGAUAAGCCUGCGUGGAGUGUGUCCCCCUCCGAGAGGCCCGGCACAGGUAACGAUGACUCUGACAUUGACAUCCAGGAGGACGAUGAAUCCGACAGUGAACUGGAAGAGAGACGGCUGUCCAAGCUGCGGACGGCCAUGGAGGUGCUCAUGCAAGGACAACCCAGCAAGCACGUCGUGGGCACGAUGCAGGGUGGAGACACGGACGAUGAUGAAGACUUGGAGGACAGUGAGAUUGACGUGGAGGAUGACGAAGAGGACGACGACCUGGAGGACGAGAGCGUGGCGCUCUCAGCAGCCAAGCCCAGUCGAAGAGGCCGGAAACCCGAGCCCCUGGAGGAGAGUGACAGUGACUUCUGA